GUUUAGGCUUUAGUCCUUUACCAAAACCUCUAGUUUCAUAUCCAAUAGCUUUUCAGCAGAAUUUACUUAUGGACUUCUGCAAUGAGGUGUGGUGUGGGAGUUUGGGACUUUGUUUACAUUUCUUUUUUUGAUCAAUUACUGGUCCUCAAUAGAUUGAGAUGAGUUUUCAACAAAAACUACCUAACCAAUGCAUGGAGAAGACAGAUAGGGCAGCUUUAUAUUUGGCCGGAAGGGUAUCACUUUGGAUUUGAGUUUUGUAAAGUGAGGGCAGCAUUUUGUUUUUAAUUAAAGUGGCCUUUCAAGAUUUUGGAAGGAUUUUCUGAAUUUCUGACCAACUUCUCCCCUUAAGAGUCUAUGCUAUAUUAUUAUUCAUUCCUAUGAAGUUUCUGGCAAGCCAUGUGCAUAGUGAUUGUCUUAAUCCAUUGCAUUACUUCCUGUUUUUGUCUUUGAGCCAUCUAAUACCCCUCCACUUAGAACACCUAGACUGAAAACAAAGUGGUAUUAUUGCACGCGAAAACUCCAUUGUUGGAUGACUGAGGUUGUGAAGAACCCUUGGUUUGUUACAAUAUGAAGAAGCUUACAUGCUCUUAGAUCAAGAACAAUACUCAGCUCCUUACAUGUAAAGGUGACAUUCUUCCUUGCAAUCUAAUUAUAAUCUGAUAAUUGACUUAUAAAGGGUUGAAAUCAAAACUCAAAAGCUUAUUUAAUGUUAAGCCCUAAAAGGAAUAAUCACAAAACUCAAGUCAGAUUGUAUGAAUCAUAGAAAAAAUAAGAAAAUGUAUUAUGGAAUCCCCAUCCAAUUUAAAGUUUAUUCAUUAAGCUGAUAUCAAAUUGCUGAUUCUAAUGUCUUUCACUGUCUCACGACCCUGACAAAUUAUUGAAUAAGAAUUAUUUGACAAGGUUCUUUUAGAUUGAUGAUUGGAGUUGACCUAAUCUUUGCUUGGGGAGCAAGUAGUUUUUGGCUAUAAUAUACAGGAAGGCUUAUACUAGGUAUGCAUUGCACACAGCCUACACAAAUUCCCGGUCAAAGUGCUUCAAUCUCUUGCUGUACUACCUGCACAUCUGAGUAGUAGAGGCAAUUCAAAACAUUAUGGAGAAAGUGGAUCCUAAAUUAGAAGUCAAAAUCAAAGAGGCUAAGAAGCUGAUUGCAAAGAUGGCUCAAGAUAAACUUCAGUUCACUUAUACAUUAGAAGAAAAGAUAUUUGAUCAGUUCUCUUUGGAGUCGUGGUUGCGAUACCUGAAUGCCCAGAACGACCGUCUCAAAUAUUUAUUGAUCAAGGAGAUGAAGAAAAUGGAUCUAUUGCAAAUGCUGGUAGACAAGAUUCGUUGCACUGACAACACCUACCAAAAAAAUUCAAUUAAGGAAUGCUUGUCAGCACAAGAAAUGAAUAAUCAUAAAUUGCAUUGCCAGAUGGUACAUGGAAGCAAGAGUUUGAGAAAGGAAAAGCAGCUUUUGGAAGAUAUGAAACUGAGCCAGCAGGAGGAUAAGUUUGUUUCAUUUUGGACUCAAUUGGAAGAACAACUUGGUGUUUAUCAUGCUGAUUGGCGCUUCGAUCCAAUGAAACAGAUUUUGUUGUUGCAUCACCAGAUGCCAGUUUUGAUCAUUACAGGAGAUGCAGUUAAAGACCGCAUAAUAGAAUUCAGAGAUCUUGAAUGGAGAAUACAAAGUUGUGGAGUUGCACUGCGAAAUGAAUAUGAAGCCAUUGCUAUUAAUAAUGUGAAUGGUAAGUCUGCUGUGAAGGGAAAAACUUGGACUCCUUUGGGUUCAAAAAAAGCCUUACAGGAGCAAGUUAAGGUUGCUGGUAAGAAAAUAGAUGAAUUGAGAAAAACCCAAUUGGCUCUUGGUCUUGGGAAAAUAAUUAGUCAAGUUGAGAGAGAAUCAGAAGCCAUGAAAAGGGGUAUAGAUUCAUGGAGGAAGAAAUUUCCAGAGUUAAAUCAGAGGAAAGAUAAAUUGUAUUUACACUAUUUGAAACCCAUAGAUGAACAGCCAUGUUCCAUGAGGUACAAGUCACAACAUUACAUUAGUACACAACUCAUCACAGAAGAAUUUCAUUACAAUAAUCCAACUAAUUAACCCAGUAGUAAUUACAGGUUGGAAACUUUAUCUUUCUAUUACUACUGACUCAGUAGUUUAUCUCAUCUGAUGUGACAUCAAGAGGAACUCAACCAACUUCACAAGUAAAUAAAAGAGAUGAUAAUGUGCCUGUAAUUGGUUACUUGUGACAAGUCUCUACUUAAGCUCUUUCAGAACUCAAAACUAAUAACUUUUGUGGUAGCAGACUUCAACUAAUACCAGUUGCUAAUUGCUAUUGCACAUGGUCAAAUGAGGGGGUUUGAUUCUGUUUCUGUAUCACUGUUUUAGGUUGUAUGUACCUUGUUACGCUUGAUGUACUACUUUUCUUUCCCAUAUUUAGCUUUUUGUAGUGUGUUUUUAUUGGCACACUGUAAUGUAAAAGGUGAUCUUGAUGCGCCUACCAAUUGGUGUUGGGAAAAUCUUCACUUAUUCACGAUUUUCUUGUAAUAUCCUUGCAAUAUUUAGUGAAAAGCUCCCUGUUUUCGAUUUUA